AUGGCCCUGUCCAGCGCCGGCCCCGAGGGUGGCGACGCCCAAGUCCACGCCCCACCCGUCGUAACGCACACAGGCGGCGCCGUCCUCCGUGUGCAAAUGCAAGGUGACCGCAUCGUCACCGGCUCGCGCGACAAGACUGCUAAAGUGUGGGAUCUGCGUUCGCCGGCCGAGCCGAGGGCGGUCCUCACGCUACCACACGAGGAUUGGGUGACCAGCCUCCAGUUCGACGAGGAGACGCUCAGGUGUGCCUGGGGCGCCGACAUCUCGACCUACUUCUUUCGCUCUGCCGAGGCUUGA